CAAAAUUUGACGUUAGUUCUGACCGUUAUGAAAAAUUUUAGGGAUGGGCCUUAGAUAGCCCUCCUAGUUCGAUUUAUCCAAUUUCGCAACCUCCAAAUUCUUGUAAAACUGCAACAAAAAAAGAUGCCACAAUGCGCAGCAUGUGGUAAGAAAGUCUGUCCUGAAGAGCCUAGAAUCACUCUCAAUAAGGUCUGGCACAAGUGCUGCUUCAGAUGCAACAAGUGCAACUGCGAUCUGAACGCUGACUUCGCGAGGGUCUACAAAGGUGAAAUCUACUGUCAUUCGUGCUUCAAGAUGUUCAGGAAAUAUUGCUCUUUCGAAGGAGAGGACGAGACCGCCACCAUCGAAGAACAUUACGACCCAUGUUGCUCCAGUUCCAGUCAUAACUGCUGUCGGCUGAGUCCCACGCACUCCGAUGACUGCUUCCUUUGCAAGAACAAGAGGCGAAGUUGCAGAAGUGGCUGUCACGCCUUGCCUAGGGAACUGGCGAACUACUGCAACAGGAACCCGGUAGGGGAUAAACGGAUAACGCCGUUGUGUCUCAAAGAUCAUUGUAGACCAUGCGUCCACCCAGUCUUCCCGUGCCAGCAGCCCAAGAGCAGGUGUGGCUUCAGCAGACGCAAAUGCCCCGUCAUCAGUUGCAUGUCGAGAUCGUCAUCGUGCUUGGACAAAGCCGCGCGCAGCCUUAGCAAGAGGCGAGAAUGCUCGGACUCCUGCGAAUCUUUGGAGAAGUUCGGGGGCUGCAGGCGUGUUUGUAACGCUAGAAAAAGUUGCGGUGAGACCAGGUACGGAUGUCAGAACAAGAUGCACUGCUGCGAUAACAACAGAAACCACAAAUAUACCGGAUGUGCUCCAUGUAGGAGAUGUGGGCACAAGGUAUAUGCAGCAGAGAUUGUACUCACUUCUUACGGAGCUUAUCACAACAGCUGUUUCUCUUGCUAUUCCUGCCUCAAACCCCUGGAUGCCACAAACGUCGAAGAACAUUGUGGAGAGAUAUUUUGUCGACGUUGUUACAAAAAACAUUUUGGUUUCAACAAUUACGGCUUCAGGAAUAGAGUGUUUUAGGAAGAACCCUGUCAUAAGUCUAAUGAUGUAUUGUCUUAUUGUAACAAUAAACGUAUUAGUUGAA